UUUUCGGAGAGGCUGGGGUGCUGGGGGUGCGGGGGGCGUGGGUUGCGGUCAUGGGUUCAGUUGGUGUGCCGCGGUUGAGUGGGCUCUUCGCCACCUAUAAGCCCCCGGGGCUAAAGUGGCUGCAUCUACGGGAUACUAUAGAGCUGCAGCUUCUGAAGGGUCUCAAUGCUGGGAAGCCUUCUGUCCCUGAGCACCGUGUUCGCUUCUUGUUGGGCCCCAUUGAAGGCAAUGAAGAGGAGCUGGCCCUCACAGCCACCAGUGUGCCCACCCUCACCAACCACAGACUUGUGUGUGGACCAGCAUUCACCAGCCUGAAGAUUGGUGUGGGACAUCGGCUGGAUGCCCAGGCUUCUGGGGUACUUGUGCUUGGCGUGGGACAUGGACGAAGACUCCUCACGGACAUGUACAAUGCUCACCUCACCAAGGAUUACACGGUGCGUGGCCUUCUAGGCAAAGCCACAGACGACUUCUGUGAGGAUGGACGGCUGGUGGAGAAGACAACAUAUGAUCAUGUGACCAGAGAGAAGCUGGACCAGAUCCUGGCUGUUAUCCAAGGCUCCCAUCAGAAGGCUCUGGUGAUGUACUCUAACCUGGACCUGCAGUCACAGGAGGCCUACGAGAUGGCCACAAGAGGUGCGAUCCGGCCCAUGCACAAGUCCCCAAUGUUGAUCACCGGCAUUCGGUGCCUCCACUUUGCACCUCCAGAAUUCCUCUUAGAGGUGCAGUGUAUGCACGAGACACAGCAGCAGCUGCGAAAGCUGGUGCACGAGAUCGGCCUGGAGCUGAAGACCACGGCUGUCUGCUCACAAGUGCGGCGCACACGUGAUGGCUUCUUCACACUGGACGAUGCCCUCUUGAGGACUCACUGGGACCUACACAGCAUCCUGGACGCCAUCCAGGCUACAGCCCCCCGGGUGGCAGCGGAGCUGGACAAGAACCUUAGGCCAGGGUUGAGCACCCCGAAGCUCCCCAGUCCUGACCGGUCCUGGGACUCUGAGGCUCUGAGUUCCUCCUUGGGGCUGGGGAGCUGUGCAGGUCAUUGAAAGGCCAGGCCGUUGGCGGGACAGUGGGCGCCAUAGCAUAAAGGCUCAGUAUUCAUUAGCCAGAACCAGUGACUGAAGGAAUUGAGUAAGUGAAGCUUUUCUACAUGGACACAAAACUGGGUCUGUAACAGCAAAGAUCAGCGGACUUAACCCAAUUGAAAGGAAAAAAUUCUGUAUGAAGGAAGAAAUGAUAAACAAAUGACAGACUGAUAAAAAUAUUUGCAGUAUCUGUAACCAGGAACAGCAUCCAGCAUCCAUA